AUGACUGCCCUUGAAUUUACCCAGUUCUACAAUGUCAUCGACGGCCGGCUCGAAACGACUGUCGAAACAACGCACGGAAUUAAUCCGUCGACGCUGGAACCCAAUCCGAAAGUUCCACUGGCCAGUGAAGUGGAUGUCAAUCGAGCCGUGGCAGCUGCACGAAUGGCCUUUGACCUCUGGUCCGAGAAGCCUCUUGAUGAACGCCGCCAGGCGCUCAUUGCUUUCGCAGACUCUCUAGCAGAGAACAAGGGGGCUUUUGCAAGAAUGCUAACAAUCGAGCAAGGGAAGCCUCUCAACCAGGCCGAGGUCGAAGUGGAUGCAUCCGUGAAAUGGCUGAAGCAGCAGGCGACCCUUUCCUUUCCAGAGGACGUCAUUGUAGACACGGAGGAGCAAAGAGUAACCACCUCCUAUACUCCGAUCGGUAUCGCGGCAGCAAUUGUGCCGUGGAACUUCCCUCUGAUGCUUGCGUGUGGCAAGCUUGCCCCAGCGCUGUUAACGGGCAAUGCCCUGAUCUUAAAGCCAUCACCGUUCACACCAUACUGUGGCCUGAAACUGGCAGAGCUAGGCCAGCGACACUUCCCUCCAGGGGUGCUCCAGGCUCUCAGCGGCGAUGACAGCCUCGGGCCAAUACUCACGGAGCAUCCGGAUAUCGACAAGAUCAGCUUUACCGGGUCUACUGCUACUGGAAAGCGGGUCAUGGAGUCUUGUUCGCGUACACUCAAGCGCUUAACUUUGGAGCUAGGGGGUAAUGACCCAGCCAUCGUGUGUGAGGAUGUCAACCUCAUGACCGUUGUUCCUCAAAUUGUGCAAUAUGUCUGGGCAAACUCAGGCCAGCUAUGUGUCGCAAUCAAGAGAAUUUACGUCCAUAGCUCCAUAUAUCCCCAGUUCCUUGACGCUUUCGUAAAGAUGACCAAGUCUCUAGUGGUCGGCGAUGGGUUCGGCGCAAGCCACCUGGGCCCUGUCCAGAACAAGGCUCAAUACACUCGCGUGCAGAGCUUCCUCGACAAUAUUGGCAAAACCGACUGCACAGUCGUGGCGGGAGGCGAUUUCACCAAUGAAAACAGACCAGGACCAGGGUAUUUCUUCACGCCCACUGUUGUCGACAACCCACCAGAUGAUUCCAUGGUGGUGACCGAGGAGCCAUUCGGCCCUGUUAUCCCCAUUCUGCAAUGGACUUCUGAAGACGAGGUCAUUCGUCGAGCAAACAACUCGGAUUAUGGGCUCGGCGCCUCAGUAUGGACAAAGGACACGGAGCGAGCGUCACGCAUCUCAAAGAAAUUAAAGGCGGGCACAGUCUGGAUCAAUUCUCACAUGUUGCUGAACCCACUGGCACCAUUCGGAGGGCACAAGAAAUCCGGGCUGGGUGCCGAAUGGGGAGUCGAAGGGCUCAAGUCGUACUGCAACACACAGACAUUCUUCUGGACGAAGAAGCCUAACUAG